AUGGCGAAGCGCGGGAAGACGUCGACGGCGGCGGCGGCGGCGAAGUUGACGGGGGUCGAGGCGGUGCGGACACAGCCCGAGGAGGACAAGAAGGAGAAGCAGGAGGAGGCGAUGUUAGAGGAGGGGCACGAGGAGCGGCAGGAGAAGAGGGAGGAGAAGGGGGGUGAGGAGGAGGAGAAGGGGGGUGAGGCGGUGAACGUGGAGGAGGAUGAUAAGAAGAAGCAAAACAACAACGAGGCGGAGAUGCAGGAGGCGCUGGAGAAGAUCGUCAACAGCUGGAUCCUGGACUACGUGUUCUACGUUGGCAAGCGGCUCUUCGACGAGGAGAACUACUUGGAGUUCGGCGAGAUGAGGGACAUUAUGCAGAUGGUGAUCCAGCGUCCUUUCAAGCAGACCCUGGAGGCGAUGAUGAAGCUGCGAGUUUUGCAGCUGAUGUCACGCCUUGCCGAGGCUCAGAAUCUCGAAGCGCAGUUUGAAGAUGACAGCCUCACUCCAAUGGAAUCAGCUUUGCAAGUGCUGACCAUCAUGGAGGACGAACUAAAGAUCUCACAGCCUCUGACCAAGCUCAAGGAGAAAUUCAAGAUACAGGCGGUCAUUCUUUGCUUUAUUCAAAACGACUAUGUCAAGGCUGCGGAGGUGUUCAAGAGGCAGUUUGGCAACAGCAAGACUAACAAGCCCUUGAAGGAUGAACUACAGGCCGCUUUGAAGAAUCGCAGCGUCCCCGUGUCUUUGCUGACCACCUACCCACUCAGCCAAAUCUUCGAGUGCGUGAACAACUUGAUAGAGCCCCUGCUGAGUCUGCAGUCACUACCCUUCCUACUCAACGCAUCAAAAAAAGUCCUACAAGCCAGGAAAGAAGCCAAUAAAGGACCGGCAGCUGAUCGCCCUGGUACCAGCAGCGGAACAGGCAGCAGUGGCAAGGUUUUUGUUUCGUGCUUCGAGGUGCGUGAUUCCUUUGUGGCGCUGAAUGCAUUGGGGGGCGGUGGUGAUGAGCGGGUCUCCCUCAAGCUCUUCCAGGAGAUGGAGGGUACAGAUUUCUUGCCGGAGAAUGCCGCCCCCUCAAUCGCGAAGCCUGUGACAAAGACGAAGAAGCCACAGCCUACCCCACUGGUGGCGAUGGCACCACCGGCUGCACCACCGGCUGCACCGUCAAACCCAGCGUGUCCGGACACCUUGCUUGGAAACCACCCCCAGGACAUAACUACCACCACUCCUCACAAAGGAGGUGGGGAGAAGUGCAAACGUGGCGAUCAUUCCAGCAGCAGCAGCACGGAUGACUCCAUCUCUUUGAUGUCUCUGCACAAGCGCAUCCUCAGGAGAAAGCAUAAUGCCUUGGACAGCGGGUCGGAACACUCGGACCAACAUAGCCCACAAAUCGUGAAGAAGUUAAAGUUGCACAACCCCUUUCAAGUCAACGGCAAAAACACAACGGCGAAUGCACCCCAUCGUUCCAAGCAGCAGAAGUUGGCGACAAACAAGAGUUUGCAGUCCCUUAGCAGAUCCGAGGGGUGGCUUGAUUGUACUUCUGAUGCUUCACAAAAUGCGUCAUUGGGAACGUCAGUGAUUUCAGCCGACUCCUCCAUCGCUGGACGCAAAAAGAGGCAGCACUGGUCUGUUUCCGAGACGAUCUGGCUGAAGAAAGGCGUGAAGAAGUACGGCACCGGCAACUGGGCCAAGAUCCUGGAGUCGUACAAUUUUGUCGGCCGCUCUAACGUGAUGCUGAAAGAUCGCUGGCGCACGCUCGUCAAGCUGGGAGAGGACAAGCUGGAUGUCUAGCGGCCAAAGAUAAAUUCUCUGCUCGUCGCAAAUUAAACACCUGCACACCCACAGUCCUGGUAGUGUUGCCAAGUGCAAAAGUGGUGGUUGGUCUUUUCUCGUACAUCUUGUUACCGCUCUGCAACUGUGCUGAGUCAGUCCGGCAUGGCUCUGUAAGUGCCAGUUGGUUUUUCCACUGCAGAAGCCAUGUCGCAUCGCUGAUGUCACACGCAGUGAAUGAAUUGAGACGCACGAAGAUGACGCAGUGACUGUCCUCGCCGUGUACUGACUUCACGUCGUACGCGAUGAACGCGUCCUUAGCCGAGGCCUGCUUUUGAGGCCAGCUUAAGUGUGGAGCAUAACCAAUGGAAAACCACCUGUGUACCGUGAGGGCCCCAUACUGGCUCUGCCCAGAUGUUCUAGUCGAAAAGGGGUAUAGAUCAGUUGUUUCAACAUGGCCGGAAAAUGUAAAACUAAAAUUUACCACUGCCACGAUGAAAGUCCGCAUAAGAAAAUUUACUACAGGACAUAUAUAAUGUGUCCUUCAAGAGAAGCACACAUCUGAUGAAGAGGCUAGAGUAUUAUGACAUAAGUGACGAAUUAAAUCCAAACUGUCCAUUCAGAAUGUCUGAGGCCACAGUUUAAAUUCUGUCUAGGUAUAAUUUAUUAGUUGAUGUUACGUUUGGACACCCUGUAUAUACAUUUCAAGUUAAUGCAAGGAUAGUUGCAGUAAGUCCUCGUUUAAUGCGGUCGAUGCGUUGUGGAAAAGUGUCGCAUUCAACGAAAAAUUGUCCCCAUAGUAAUUUAACAAUAAAGUGUGGAGAGAUACAAUGUACGCGCACAAUAAAAUUGUGGGAUAAUUGAGGGUACGCCACCGCAUGACUAUCUUUCCGCGAACUGUAUCAUACUGCUCGGCUGCGCAGCCCAAGAAAAUUGUUCUUUAUCGACCACUCAGAAACUGCGUUGUAACGAGGCGCAUUCCGCGUUACGUGAAAAGUGUUCCCGAACGGAAGAACCGCGUUACAGUGAAAACACGUGUGAACACCUCGCGUUAAGCGAGGACCUGCCGUACAUGAGCACACGUGCGCAGUUUCACAUUCAGAAUUUUGGAGUCUUGUACCUGAUACUUUUUAAUAAAAAAAAAGUAGCCAAGUUUAUAUUGUCCCAUAUAAAAAAGUAAAUACUCUCUUACUAUAGCAUCACACGACUUCCACUGGUGAGUCCAAUUCUUAUUUUUUUUAUAUAUAUAUAUAUGCCUUGUAGUUUAUUUAGUUAUUACUCAUGGCAGGCUGCAAAGUUUAGUUUUGCGCUGUGUGGGAAUGGUGUUUGUAUAAUACAACAACAAAGGACACCCUUCUGAGUGAAUUUUUACUUUAAUUCACAACGAUGCAAUUAUAAAAAAAUGUGCAUGAACCAGAAAUUAUUUCGUAAAAUGUAGUUGUCAAAUCGGGUUUUAGAAACGAUGCUGGUAUAAUUGUUCACACACUGGACUUGCAGUCAAGGUGUCACUGGUUCAAUCUCCUGGCAUUGAAACUGACAGUGCUGAGAUGUUAACUACCUCUCCUGGUAUACAGGAUGUCGUGGGUUCCAAACGGACCCUGACACCUGUGUGUUUGGAGUUUGCAUGGUCUCCUUUGAGUCAUGGAUUUCUUUCCCGAUAUUGCCUUCCACAUUUUAGAAACAUGCGUUUAAAGUAUUUGGCUGCGAUAAAGUCCCACGUGAAAAGCAAUUUUGUCGAGCUAUCAUUUGUGGCCAGAGCGCUUUUGAAAAAUAGCUAUUUAGCUCCGUGGACCUUACCUGGUCAAAUAAAAGGCUUCUUACGUUGGUGCAAGUUUAGUAAAUUCCCCCUACCCCUCCAGCCAGCAGUAUAAAUGGGUUCAGUCGAUCGGCAGGUCGAGUGUGGUGAGAGUAGAGCUCCCUCUCGUGGACACCUUUCUGCCAGCACUGAUCAAGAAGUCAUUAGCUGCACGUUUACCUGAUGGACACAACUUGAUUCGAUGGCGAAAAUGGCGAGUUGAGACAUUGCUCCGGAGUUGCAGGUUCCUCGAUAGUAAACUUUAUUGUAAUUUUUGCUUUAUUGAAAAGCGUAAUUGUGCGUGUACAUAGGACGUAAGCGAGAUGGCUUACACAACAUCUAGAAUCUCUUCCCACUGUCCCGCGGUGCUCAUCCUUUUGGAUGCGUUCCCUCCUUUUGACUUUCGUCUGUCGACCACAAGCCCUCUUAGUGAUGUAUGUUGCCUAACUGCCUGAUAAUAAAUAUGUAUAAUUUUUGUUUGUUCCCUAAUCCACGGGUUUUUUUUUUGGUCGAGACCUCUUUCAAUGCUUUUUUUGAGUGCAUCUCUGCACUUUUCAGAUAUUUUUCCUCCUUUUUUAAGUAAAUGUUACUGGUCCAUGUGCAAUAGUAACUAAUAUGCACUGCAAUCGUGUUUUUGUUUUAGACACAUUUGUAUUUUACCUUGUUAUCAGUUUGUUUUCCAAAAAAAUAACCACAAAUUUUCAUUCAAUUAACUGCAAUGCGGCCAAGGAACAGAUUCGUGGGCACGUGUGUAUCUUUACAACUUUUUGUAUUGCAGUCACAUUUGUAUUUUCUACCAUUAGUCCGCGCAUACUUGUUAUAAAUGUACAGUUGAAUGUCCAAAAUAUUUCCGUAACAUAAAUGAAACUUGCGUGGAAAAGGUUACAAAUGAAAUACAGUUGAGGUACCGUUGGUUCCAUGGCAAGCGCCUAAGCCUCACUUGUUCUCGUCAAUGUGUUCAUCCCAUCAAUUCUCAUCUCUGCUCUUUGUUAGUCUCGCAAUUACAUGUAUUUUCAAUGUUAUGAUCAACGUAGGAAAGUAGAUUUACCGUACUUCUCACCUUCAACCCGCACAGCGUGGGGAAACCCUCAUCCAGCAGUGGCUUUACAGCUGUGACGCAACGUGUACAUGAUCAACACCACCCACAAUUUCAAAUUCCUGUUUUUUUUUUUACACAAACUAUCGGUCCAACGGCUUUCCUUCUGGGAGUUGCAUCAUUUCAGCAGCAUUAAGUACCUGUUCUUGACAAGCAAAACUCCGGAGCGAUUUCGACGUUAAGUGUCUCAGCAGCAAAAUCCA